AUAUUUGAAACUGUGGAAAAUGAACCUCUUAAUGUUGAAGAGUUAGCUUUCAAAUUUGCAGUCACCAACAUUAACCGGAACAGAACACUGAUGCCUAAUACCACAUUAACCUAUGACAUCCAGAGAAUUAACCUCUUUGAUAGUUUUGAAGCAUCAAGACGGGCAUGUGAUCAACUUGCUCUUGGAGUAGCUGCACUCUUUGGACCAUCCCACAGCUCAUCGGUCAGCGCAGUACAAUCUAUUUGCAAUGCACUUGAAGUUCCACAUAUACAGACCCGAUGGAAACAUCCCACAGUGGAUAACAAAGACUCCUUUUACAUCAAUCUCUAUCCAGACUAUGCAGCCAUCAGCCGGGCAGUUUUGGAUUUGGUGCUACAUUACAACUGGAAGAUAGUAACUGUCGUAUAUGAAGACAGUACAGGUCUAAUUCGUCUCCAAGAACUCAUCAAAGCUCCUUCUAGAUACAACAUUAAAAUCAAAAUCCGCCAGUUACCCUCUGGGAAUAAAGAUGCUCGACCUUUACUCAAGGAGAUGAAGAAGGGCAAAGAGUUCUAUGUGAUAUUUGAUUGCUCACAUGAUACAGCAGCAGAAAUUCUUAAACAGAUCCUCUCCAUGGGAAUGAUGACUGAAUACUAUCACUACUUUUUUACAACCCUGGAUUUGUUUGCACUAGACCUGGAACCCUACAGAUACAGUGGAGUCAAUAUGACAGGGUUUCGUCUGCUCAACAUUGACAAUGUGCAAGUGGCAUCAGUUAUUGAGAAGUGGUCAAUGGAACGGCUACAGGCACCACCCAAGCCAGAGACUGGGCUUCUGGAUGGCAUGAUGACCACAGAAGCAGCUCUGAUAUAUGAUGCUGUUUACUUGGUAGCAGUGGCUUCCCAGCGUGCCUCCCAAAUGACUGUCAGUUCCCUGCAGUGUCACAGACACAAGCCAUGGCGGUUUGGACCCAGAUUUAUGAACCUGAUAAAAGAGGCUCGUUGGGAUGGUUUGACAGGGAGAAUUACUUUCAACAAAACAGAUGGCUUAAGAAAAGAUUUUGAUCUGGACAUCAUUAGCCUCAAGGAGGAAGGAACAGAAAAGAUCGGGGUUUGGAAUUCAAACAGUGGCCUUAAUAUGACUGACAACAAUAAAGACAGAUCUACCAAUAUCACUGAUUCUCUGGCAAACCGAACACUCAUAGUCACCACUAUUUUGGAAGAUCCCUAUGUAAUGUACAAGAAAUCUGACAAACCCCUUUAUGGAAAUGACAGAUUUGAAGGAUACUGUUUGGAUUUAUUGAAGGAGUUAUCGAACAUUUUAGGUUUCAUCUAUGAAGUGAAACUAGUGUCUGAUGGUAAAUAUGGAGCCCAGAAUGACAAAGGAGAAUGGAAUGGGAUGGUCAAAGAACUCAUAGAUCAUAAAGCUGACUUGGCAGUUGCUCCUCUUACUAUUACCUACGUAAGAGAAAAAGUAAUUGACUUUUCAAAACCCUUCAUGACGUUGGGAAUCAGUAUUUUGUACCGAAAGCCUAAUGGCACAAACCCAGGUGUUUUCUCCUUUCUAAACCCUCUUUCUCCUGAUAUUUGGAUGUAUGUCCUCCUAGCCUGCCUUGGAGUCAGUUGUGUUCUCUUUGUCAUUGCAAGGUUUACACCCUAUGAGUGGUAUAAUCCCCACCCGUGCAACCCUGACUCAGAUGUGGUGGAAAACAAUUUUACUUUGCUUAAUAGUUUCUGGUUUGGAGUUGGAGCUCUCAUGCAGCAAGGAUCAGAGCUGAUGCCCAAAGCUCUUUCCACCAGAAUAGUUGGAGGAAUAUGGUGGUUUUUCACCUUAAUCAUCAUAUCGUCCUACACUGCAAAUUUGGCUGCUUUUUUGACCGUUGAGAGAAUGGAAUCUCCCAUUGAUUCAGCUGAUGAUUUGGCAAAGCAAACUAAGAUAGAAUAUGGGGCUGUUAGAGAUGGAUCAACAAUGACUUUCUUCAAGAAAUCCAAAAUAUCAACAUAUGAGAAAAUGUGGGCAUUUAUGAGCAGCAGGCAGCAGACAGCACUGGUGAAGAACAAUGAUGAGGGAAUCCAGCGGGUGCUCACCACCGAUUAUGCUCUGCUGAUGGAAUCCACAAGUAUAGAAUAUGUCACUCAAAGAAACUGCAAUCUCACUCAGAUUGGUGGGCUCAUUGAUUCCAAAGGUUAUGGUGUUGGAACUCCCAUUGGCUCUCCUUACAGAGAUAAAAUUACAAUUGCCAUCCUCCAGCUACAAGAGGAAGGCAAGCUGCACAUGAUGAAGGAGAAAUGGUGGCGAGGCAAUGGCUGUCCUGAGGAGGAUAGUAAAGAAGCCAGCGCCUUGGGCGUGGAGAACAUUGGUGGCAUCUUCAUUGUGCUUGCAGCAGGACUUGUUCUCUCUGUCUUUGUGGCUAUUGGAGAAUUUAUUUACAAAUCAAGGAAAAACAGUGAUAUUGAACAGUGUCUUUCUUUCAAUGCCAUAAUGGAGGAACUUGGAAUUUCACUCAAACACCAGAAGAAAUUAAAGAAAAGGCCAAGAACUAAAGGACGGUCGUCAUUCACAAGUAUCCUUACUUGUCAUCAGAGGAGGACGCUAAGAAAAGAAACUAUGGCUUGAAGACAUUCAGCUUUCUCAGUGGGGAAUAAUCAGGAGCAGAAGACAAAAGGCAAUUUAAAAAAAAACUUUGAUGCCUGUCAAUGGAGAAAUUCUGGGGAUAGAGACAUUCAUUUUAUUUCUCAGAAAAUCAGUAUGGCUUUCCCUUUUUUAUCUAGAGAAAGUUCGACAGAUUCAGAGCUCACAUAAGACUGAUGGACUACUAGUGAUCUGGGAAGUCGCUCUCUCUUUCUCUCUUUCUUUCUCUCUCAAAAUCUCAAUUUCUCUUUCUCACUUUUGAAAUGAUUUUUUGCAUCUCUCUCUUCCAGCCCUAUUCAUUGCUGUAUGUGCUUUCUAAAUGAAUAAAAACAGGGAUUUUUCAA